AUGGAUACUGAUAACGAGACGGUGCCACGCAAUGAUAACCUUGAAUCUGAAAGUGCGAGAAGGAUACGAGAAAUAGAAGAGACCGAGAAAACGACCAUCACACUUUCCAGUACGUCAACUUCAUACACAAUACAUCAUAAUAAGGUCGAUGUAUCGGCAAAUACAUACUCGGUCUCACCAUCAAACGUGGUCAUUGUACUCAAAAAAUCGGACAGGAUGGAAUGGCAAUCUCUUAAAUUCAUACAUGAUGACACGGAAGAAGAGAAAUACUUUCUUACUGUGGAUAAUGUACAAAAAUGUAAACAAGAGACUGAAAAUGAAUCAAACUGGACACAACAUAAUAUUCUCCCUCAGAUUACCUCCAUGCAAGCUUUCAGAAACCAGGAUGGGAUUAUCAUACAAAUGACGACCAAACAAACGCCAGAGUAA